AUUCGGAGCUCAAAGGCCAUGGAUGCCUAAUAAGCACAAUCCUCUCUUAAAGCGACUGACGAAACGCACUCUCCGCCACCGUCCUCAGCCGCUCACGGAUCAUCUCUUCCGCUAAAAUGUCGAUUAGAUCCAUCUCAAGGUCCAAACUCUCCGUAUAUUUGUCCACUGUACUCCUCAGGCACCUCUCCCAAACGCCCGCCUCAGCCGCCGCCGCCUCCAAAUUCUCAUAUGCUUCUUCCUCCUCCUCAGCGGCGCCGUUUCUUCCGCCAUUCUCGACCUUCCGGUUUGAUGUUGUUCGCGAGUAUCACGACGGGCGACCUAGAGGCUCAUUGUGGAGAGGCAAGAAGAUGAUAGGGAAGGAGGCUCUUUUCGUGAUACAAGGCCUGAAGAGAUUCAAAGACGACGAAGAUAAGCUCGACAAGUUCGUGAAAAACCACGUGCUUCGCCUUCUCAAAUUGGACAUGGUUGCGGUGCUCAACGAGCUCGAACGCCAAGAAGAAGUUUCUCUUGCUGUUAAGAUGUUUAUGGUGAUUCAGAAGCAAGACUGGUAUACUCCUGAUGUUUAUUUGUACAAGGACUUGAUUAUUGCAUUGGCUAGACGCAGAAAGAUGGAAGAUGCAAUGAAAUUAUGGGAGUUCAUGAGAAAAGAAGAUUUAUUUCCUGAUUCACAGACAUUUACUGAAGUUAUUCGAGGCUUCUUGAGGGAUGGAUCGCCUGCAGAUGCCAUGAAUAUUUAUGAAGACAUGAAAAAAUCUCCAUACCCACCAGAGCAGUUGCCUUUCAGAAUUUUGUUGAAGGGACUUUUGCCACAUCCCCUACUAAGGAAUCGGGUCAAACAAGACUUUGAGGAGAUCUUUCCUGAUCAGCGUGUUUAUGAUCCUCCAGAAGAGAUAUUUGGAUUAUGCUGAGGGGAAUAUACAGGGGAAGGCAGAUUGGAGCACUGAUUGGCUGGCCGAGGGAAUUUUCCAAGUUUUGGUUUCUGUGAUUGCAUGGGCAAUUUCAUAUGUGAAAGUGGGAUUUGAUAUUUCUUUCUGGGAUUACGAAACUACUGCUUCUUGCCAUUACAGAAGGUUAUCAAGGUUCUGAUUGACUGUAAGAAUGUAGUUACAGCACAAGUUACAAGGCCUGUGGACAAUAUACACAUUCGCAGAUUACAUUCUUGACCGCCGACUACAACGCCUAAUUCAUCGUUGGUGGCUUUUUCAUGAGGAACUGGGAAGUGUAUUUCUCUCUGGAAGACGCUGAUCUGAUGAGAGAGAAAAUGUGAGCUAGUUAAUGUAAUA